AUGGACCCCCUGCUGUUGACGGAAUGCUUUGUGGAUAUCCCUGCCCUGCCGAGGCAGCUCUCUGCGCCGCUCGUGACGCUCGUCUACAGCGAUAUCGGGCCGCGCGGCAAGCUGUUGGAGUACCUCUCCCAGACACUGUGCGGCCUGCCCUGCCCGCGCCUGGAGACGCUCCAUAUCUACACGCCCGAAGACACCCCGGUGGAUAUCGUGAAGCUCGCCAAGUUCGCGGAGGCGCGUGCGCGCGCUGGGUACAAACUGCGCAGGCUCAUCUUGGAGUUUCAACAGAGGUCCCGGACGGUUCUGCGCGCCAGUGUCGGAAGGCUGGGCGCUCAUGUGGAGAUCGUGGAGCUGCGCGAGAACGGCGGAGCGGGCCCGCGGGCGCCAUGGCCGGUGGUGUGCACGGAGGCAACGCACGAGUUGUUCUGGGCGGCUUGGUAG